UAUCUGUGGGCCCCAGCCUGUCCGUCUGUCCCGACUCCCCUCCUGACUGACUCCUCUCUCUCUGGCACUGUGGCCGCCCCUCUGUGCUCUGUGCUCCCCCUCAUCCCCCCUCUCACUGUCUCCUCUCUUCCCCAUGCUCUCGGGACCCAGUGCUACGGGCCCUGGCCCUCGGCCGGGCAUUCGUAACCCCGGCAGUGGUGGCGGAAGCCCCCAUGGCCCUGGAAGGCGACUCCCUGCCAAACCCGAGCCCUCUGCAGAAGGGCAAGUGAAGCUGCCCUCCCGCUCUGGCAUGGACAUUCCAGCUGGUGAGAAGGGCCACACCGCAGGCCCCCAGCUGUCCAUGGAGGCCCCUCCCAACUCCCUGAUGACAGAAACCCAGCCCAGCUGCUCCAGCCUGGGCAAGCCCCCUUCCCGUGUCACCUCAGGCCACCCCCAGUCUCUGGGUGGGCCAGGCUCGGGGCCCCGGGGCCAGCUGGCUUCCCACUCUGCCACUGGCUCCCAGCUGCCCAAGAAGGCCCAGGGCCCAGCUCAGGGGCCAAGUAACCAUUCCAGCCAGGCUCCCAAACGCCCUGGGGUCUCCGAUCCUCCCUCAGGGCCCUCACCCCCAGCCACCUCCAACCUGAAGCCUGCACUCAGCCAGUCUCCCAGCAGUGCUCCCAGCCUGCCCCAACCCCUGAGCGAGCCCCAAAUCCAGGCCUCUGAGACCAGCAAACAGCCCCAGGACAAGGGGCCUACCCAGCCGGCAGUCAGCUCCAUGGAGUCUGAGCUGAGUGGCCCCAGCUUCUCAGAGUCCUCCCAGGACUCCACGUCCGAGUCCACCGCAGAGCUCACCUGGUGUUGGCUGUGCUACAGACCCCACCUUCGGUGCCCAAGGCACUGCUGGCUGCUGGAGCACUUGGCCUACUAGCGCCCCUCAUCUGGCUCACCAGGCCCCCUGAAACACUGGGCCUGUUGGGUGUGCAAUAAAGUAACUCCCCAGA